AUGGCAGACCCAGGGGCGUCUUCUAUUUCAGUCGCAGUCCGCGUCCGACCUUUUACAAUUCAAGAAGCCGCACAAGUAACGAAAUGCGACGAUGGUAACCUGUUCUUGGGAGAAGGCUCGCUCGCAGGGGCUCCCACAGCAAGGCUGGGCGGAAAGGGUAUCCGGCCGGUGAUCAAGGUGGUGGAUGACAAGUGCCUGAUCUUCGACCCCCCCGAGGACAACCCCAUCCACAAGUUCGGUCGAUCGCAAGUUUCCAACAUGGGAAAGAGAUCGAAGGAUCAGACAUUCGGAUUCGACCGAGUCUUCGACGACAACACGACACAAGGCGAAGUCUACGAAGCUACGACAAGAGGUCUGCUGGACAGUGUUAUGGAGGGCUACAAUGCUACGGUAUUCGCUUAUGGGGCUACUGGUUGUGGAAAGACGCAUACGAUCACAGGAACGGCGGCACAACCUGGAAUCAUCUUCUUGACUAUGCAAGAGCUGUUUGAGAAGAUCGACGAGAGAAGUGACGAAAAGCACACUGAAGUAUCUCUUUCGUAUCUGGAAAUCUACAACGAGACGAUUCGGGAUCUGCUCUUGCCAGGAGGCAGUAAACAAGGGCUUAUGUUGCGUGAGGAUGCCAACCAAGCAGUUUCUGUGGCGGGCCUCACCAGCCACCACCCAAAGGAUGUCCAGGAAGUGAUGGACAUGAUCGUCAGAGGCAACGAGUAUCGAACCAUCUCCCCCACAGCAGCGAAUGCGACGUCUUCACGAUCUCACGCCGUACUACAAAUAAACCUCGCUCAGAAGGAUCGAAACGCCGAUGUCAACGAACCCCACACCAUGGCCACACUUAGCAUUAUUGAUCUAGCAGGGAGUGAGCGUGCGAGUGCUACAAAGAAUCGGGGAGAGCGCUUGCUUGAAGGAGCAAAUAUCAACAAAUCAUUGUUGGCAUUAGGCAGUUGCAUCAAUGCUCUUUGCGAUCCUCGGAAGAAGAAUCACGUCCCGUACCGAAACUCGAAGCUUACGCGGCUCCUGAAAUUCUCGCUCGGGGGAAACUGCAAGACAGUAAUGAUUGUAUGCGUGAGUCCUUCAAGCGCCCAUUUCGACGAGACCCAAAAUACUCUGCGGUAUGCAAACCGGGCCAAGAACAUCCAGACCAAGGUUACAAGAAAUGUGUACAACGUCAACAGACACGUGAAGGACUUUUUGGUAAAGAUAGACGAGCAGAUGGCAUUGAUCAACGAGUUGAGAGCACAGCAGAAGGAUUCGGAAGGGGCUGCAUUUGUGAAGUUCAAGAAGCAAGGUGAGAAGCGGGAGGGUAUUGCGAGAGAAGGAAUCAUCAGAAUCCGUGCAGCAUUCGACAACUCGGCUCCUGAACGACAAGAAAGGGUCAGCAAUAUGAAGAAACAACGACAAAUCGAACGAAGAAUCGGCCUCUUAUCUGCAUGGAUUGGCGCUUUAGACAAAUUCUGCGAAUCCCGGGAGGAUGAAGAUAUGCCGGCAAGCCUUUUAGCUCUGCGACAGACUGUCAACGGUGACUUGUUGGAAUUGGAGAGCAGCAGACAGCAUUAUCACCGACGCUUGGAAAAUAUCAACUGGAAGCGCGCAAUAGAUUCGGCACUGCAGAAUGCGAUCAAGUCUCUGAUCGAAGCAGAUGGGGCAGAUGGGGCAGAGGCUGCUAGCCUGAUGCGAGAAGCGGAACUUUUGAAGGCAAACGCUGACAUGGAUGCUUGGCGAGAAGUACUGGAUCAGGAAAAGGCUGGCGAUGCUAAGUCUAUGAAGCAGCUGCUCUCCGCUCAGUUCGACGUCAUUUCUUCUUUGAACGACAUUAUGAGCAUGAAUGAACAAGACGCUGUCCAGCAUGCGAAGUCUGUUCUCGGGCGCCUUCUCCAAUCCUGCUCUAACUCCGUAUCCUAUGUUGUCAAGCCAGACGGCUCUUUGAAGGAUGUCGAAGUAUUCCCUCCAACAAAACGCGGAACCCCUAAGCGGAAGAAGCCUGCUGGUUCUGCUGCCUUCAUCCAACCACACAUAGCCAUGCCAGCCUUAGCUGCAAUGGCACCACAGGUGUUUGCCUCGCCCAUGAAAUCUUCGCCGCGGAGGAGGAAAGCGGUUCUUGGGAAGAAGGGCAUCUCUUUCACGCCAAAGAAGCGCAGCGUCCGCUGGCGUGAUGAUACGGACUCGGGAGCGCUUGCCGAAUUCGAGAAGACGCCUCAGAAGCAGGCUUCAACUCCAGAAGUCUCAUCGGUAGAACAGAGCAUUGAACUACCAAAGCUCCCAACCUAUCUAGCGGAAGAUGCCUCUCACGAACCGCUCGGCUCAUCUCCUAUCCCAACAGCACCAGAGCCAUCAUUUGAGAUGAAGCCCAAAGUCAACCGCUUCCAGGCAGGGUUCCUCUCCAAGAAAUCGGACAGGUCGCCCCCCAAAAUGACCAAACUCACAUCCUCGGAUAGUGAAACAUCGCCACUGCGCGACAUCAAUGCUUCGAAUGCUUCGAACCGGUCGUUGCCCCAAAUGAUGCAAGCCGCAGAAACCAGCCCCACAGAUAGCGGAAACAACUCUGCCUCAGAAAACGAGGGCAGCUCCCACUUGGACAAAGUGGAAGUCGCGCAAAUCAGCAGGGCGUUGAAGCGCACGAGUUCCAUAUCCAGAGCAUCGAAUGUCCACGACUCGGUUUCCCGCACUCACCGACGUCGAAGUCCCACAGCUGCUACGAUGGCGGCAUCUCCCCCCAACGAAAAUCACCUAUUCACGGCCAGCCAUGCUCGCCGAAUGGUCAACAGCCAGAAGGAAGGAGGCUUCUCGGUUAGUGUGCUUAGUCCUCGUACACAGCCGGUCAUCAAGAACCACGUGCGUCGCACUACCAUCAGCGAAGGCCGACAAGCUAGCGGGACGAUGGCCAGCGGAGCUGUACGACUUGCUGGUACCGUCGGAGCUGGGCCGAAACCAAGGGAGGGACUUGCUGGUGUCGUCAAGGGUGGAUGGAGAUAG